AUCGGGAGGCUGUGCGCUGCGGCGGCGGCAGAGAGCGGUGCGGAUCCCUGUGUGUGCCGAUCUCCGGAGGGGGGCGGACCGGAUAAUCUUGACGGGACCGUCGGUGGUGCGGAUCUCCGGCAUACGCACGCACACACACACACACACACGCGCGCACAGGGGAAAGGCACUUCAACGUUCCGGGCAGGAUUCAGAUUUGCACUCGCCACAGAGCGCGGAUAGAAUAAGAAGUGCCACCGCGUAACUUGGGAGUCGUACGUCUCCGCAGCCGGAGAGAGCUGACCUGUAGCUGGUUGGAGAGAGGGAGGCGAGGAGAGCAAAUGGAAAGGGAGCAGAGAGAAAGAGGAUGAGCGAGAGAAAGCCGGACCCACGAGAUUCCUCGCGCACAAUGGGAGCCCGUCGCCCUGCAGACUCCUGAUUUGAAAAUAAUAAAGGGGACUUUGCCGAAAGCGGCCCAACAGGAUUUUGACUUCACUUCAGUGUUUUGCUCCGUAGUAGGAGUCCUCCCUUUUGUCUCAGGAGGAGUAGUCAUGACAAUACUCUGAACAUAAAAGAAAGAAGUCCUUCCUUCAUCCACUUCUCCCAAAAACCGUCUGCCGUUUUUACCGAAAACAAUUCUUUGCCAUGGAGAAGACGUACUCACUGACCGCCCACUACGAUGAGUUCCAGGAAGUCAAAUAUGGCGGUCGCUACAGCAGUGACAUCCUCAGCAACGGCAUGACCCUUCACCUGGGGGGCAGCCUGGACCGCCACAUGGGGCGGGCCAGAGGAGGGACCUUGUCAAACGGUCGAAAUAAAGAUGCAGGCAACGCCAGCAGCAGUGGGGGGCUUCCCCGAUGGAGCCGCAGGGAGAUCUGCCUCCUCUCGGCGCUGGUCUUUGCAGCAGGCAUGUGUGUUAUCCUGGGAAGCAUGCUGGCGCUCAAGUACAUUUCCCUGGACGCCCAGCAGGACCCGCUGUGCCGGCAAGACUGCCAGCGCAAGCGGUCCCUGCUGCGCACGGCUCGCUUCGUUCAGGCCAAUAUUGACCCCACCAUCCAGCCCUGCGAGGACUUCUACUCCUUCGCCUGUGGCGGCUGGCUGAGGCGCCACGGCAUCCCCGAGGACAAGCUCAGCUACGGCAUCAUCACCGCCAUAGGAGAGCACAACGAGGAGAAACUACAGCACCUCCUGCUGGAGCCAAUACGCAGGCGAGGGCCCAACUCGGCGGAGCGCAAGGUCAAGGAGUUCUAUAGAUCCUGCGUCAACAUCCAGGCAAUCGACAAACUGGGCUCCGACCCAAUGACGGAGGUGAUAGACAGCUGCGGGGGGUGGGACCUGGUGGGGGCUCCUCCCGGGUCCGCUGGGUGGGAGAGAGACGGUGCGCCGCAGAGGCCGGACUUUGACGAGCUGCUGUACAGGACCCAGGGGGUGUACAGCACCGCCGCCUUCUUCUCCCUCACUGUCAAUGUGGACGACAAGAACUCCUCCAGGAACGCCAUCAGGAUUGAUCAGGAGGGGCUCACACUCCCUGAGAAAAGUCUCUACGUGGGACAGGAUGAGGACAGUGUGAAGAUCCUGGCGGCGUACAAGGCCCUGAUGGAGCGCUUGCUGAGCAUGCUGGGAGCUCACAAUGCCACGCAGAAGUCCAAGGAGAUUAUAGAGCUGGAGACUCGUCUGGCCAAUAUCACUGUGUCAGAAUAUGAUGACCAAAGAAAAGACAUCAGCACCAUGUAUAACCGCAUCACCCUGAGGCAGCUACAGCGCAUCGCUCCUAGUCUCCACUGGAAACGCCUGCUGGAGAGAAUCUUCCACGACAACCUCUCGGAGGACGAAGAGAUCGUGGUGCUGGCUACCGACUACAUACAGAAAGUCUCCGACAUCAUCAAGACCACUUCAAAGAGGGUCCUCCACAACUACAUGCUGUGGCGCAUUGUGGCGGCGCUAAGUGAACACCUGUCCACCGCCUUCCGCAGCACCAUCCACGAGUUUUCCCGGGAGAUCGACGGCACCGAGCAGCAGCUGGAGCUGGGCAGGCUCUGCCUCACCCAGGCCAACAAGCACUUUGGCAUGGCCCUGGGAGCCCUGUUCGUCCAGCAGCACUUCUCCUCACAGAGCAAGGCCAAGGUGCAGGAGCUGGUGGAGGACAUCAAACACUCCCUGGACCUCCGUCUGCAAGAGCUGGACUGGAUGGAUGAAGCCACCAAGGAGGCUGCCAGAGCAAAGCUCAAGCACAUGAUGGUGAUGACAGGAUACCCAGACUUCCUGCUCAAGCCUGAGCUCAUAGAUCAGGAAUAUGGGUUCGACGUGGACGAGAAGACCUACUUCAAGAACAUCAUCAACAGCAUCAAGUUCAACAUAAAGCUGACGGUGAAGAAGAUCCACGAGGAAGUGGACAAGACGGCGUGGCUUCUUCCCCCUCAGGCCCUUAACGCCUACUACCUCCCUAACAAGAACCAAAUGGUCUUUCCUGCUGGCAUCCUUCAGCCCACCCUCUACAACCCCGAGUUCCCACAGUCUCUCA